AUGCAAGCUGAGGUCCCGCAGUACGGGCCGGCUGACGUGAUCCGUAUCACCAAUACCUGUUCUGUUGCUCCAGACACAGUCACGCUGAGCGACGACGAGGUGCUAGUGCAGAACAGCUAUGCGGGUGUUAACUUCAUUGAUACGUACUUCCGUCAAGGGCUCUACAAGAAACCGCACACGCCCUUUGUCCUGGGCGACGAAGGUGUUGGGAAAGUGAUCAAGAGGGGUGCGGCGGUUGAAUCACCUGCCGUUGGUCAGCGUGUGGCCUACAUGGGUAGCGUCACGGGCUCCUACGCGACGUACACUGUGGUGAAAGCAGCGAUUGUAUCACCGGUGCCGGACGACGUGGAAGACAAGGCAGCUGUGGCAGUUGCAUGUCAGGGACUGACGGCGCACUGCCUUACGCACGACAGCUACCGCUGCGGCCCCGAGUCAUGCGUGCUCGUCCACGCGGCGGCAGGCGGCACGGGUCUGCUUAUCUGCCAGAUGGCAAAACUCCGCGGAGCAUUCGUCGUGGGCGUGUGUGGCGGCAGCGAGAAGGCGGCACUCGCACGCUCUGUCGGUCAUGUCGACCACGUCGUAGACUACCACGCCUUUCCCGACUGGACCACUGAGGUGCGCAAAUUGGUGCCUGGCGGUUUUGACGCCGUUUAUGACGGUGUGGGGAAAACGACGUUCAUGGGGAGCCUGUCGGUGCUGCGGCCGUUUGGUUUUAUGAUCUCCUUUGGUAACGCCAGUGGGGCUGUUGACCCGGUGGCGCCGCUGCAGCUCAAGGACGCUGGUAGCGUUUACCUGCAGCGGCCGUCGCUCUUUGAUUACAUUCGCACUCCAGGUGAGAAGGAGCGCCGAUUGGCGGAUAUAUGGGGAUGGAUCAAGUCUAAGAAGCUCCAGCUAACGUACAGCCAUGAGUUCUCCCUUCAAGAGGCCGUGGAGGCGCAUAAGUACUUGGAGGGCCAAAAGUCCGUUGGCAAAGUACUGAUUCGCUGCAGUUCGCCGUAG